GCGGCGGCGGCGGUGGUGAUGUGGGUGACGGUGGCGAGGCCGGCGCUCGGCCAGGCGCUGGAGCCGCGCAGCGUGCUACCUUACCGGCCGGUGCAGUACUCGACGCCGCGGCUCAAUAACAGCUACCGCUCGUCGGUCGAGUUCGACCCCAUGGGCAUGGAGCACCUCUACUUCGUGACCAACCUGUUCCUGGACCUGAUCCAGCGGGACGACUCGGCCGCGCUAGACCGGCGUCAGCUGGAGGCGGCGCAGAAGGCACACAACCUGACCGAGACGCUGGUGCAGCUGGGCGUGCGUGACUGGCCGUCGCUGGUGCGCCACCACCUGGGCUUCGCCGUGCUGACCGCCGUCGGCCUGCUGCUGGUCCUCAUCACGCCGCUGGCCGGGCUGGUGGUCUGCUGCUGCCGAUGUGCCGGUAAAUGCGGCGGCGGCUCGGAUGUAUACGAGAAGAAGCGGGACAAAUGUCGCCGCAUAUGUUACGGAGUCUUCCUCAGUUUUCUAGUUGUGCUGGUGCUGUUUGGCCUGGUGGCGUCGUUUGUCGUCAACGAGUACGUGGAGAAGGGCGUGAAGCAGGUGCCUGCUCGCCUGCACGUGGCCGUUGACGACUCCCAGCUGUUCGUCAAGAACACCCGGAAGGAGGUGAACCACCUGCUGGUGGACAACUACCGCGAGCUGCAGGGGGUGCUGGACGAGUCGCUGGACAAGUGCGGUGACCGGGUCAAGGCCAAGCUGGCCAACAUCUCUCGUGCCGUAGCCGUGGACGACCUAGCCGCCAUCGCCGAGGGCCUGCGGGACAUACGGCGAGAUCUGAACGCGAUCGCCGACCAGACCCAGCAGCUGCAGGUGCGGGCCGACCAGCUGACGGUGGGCCUACAGGGUGUGCAGGCUGAGCUGUCCAGCCUGCUGCUGCUGUGCAGCUCGCCCGCCUGCCAGCAGCUGGAGCGCCAGUACAACCUCUCCCAACUGGCCGUGCAGAACGAGUUCAGACAGUGGCUUGCUUACGACCUGCUGCCGAAGUUGCCGGACGUCACAAGAACGGCUCGCGAGAUUUCCUCGCUGAUCGAGAACGGCAUCGAGCGAGAGGUGCGUGCAGGCAAACGGUCGUUCGACGAGCUGUCGGGCCGCAUUCAGGCGGAGGUGGCGGCCGUCGUGCCAGAAGUGCGUCGCAGGAUUGCCCAGGCCGGCAUCCGGCUGCAGGACGCGGCAGCAAACAUCUCGUCGGCACUGGACAGCGUGCGGCUGCGGCCGGCUCACGAGGCGCUGGACGAGGCCAACCAGUACCUGCAGCAGUACGGCUCGUUCAGGUACUAUCUGUUCCUGAUCCUCUCCGGCCUGGUGCUGAUCGUCACCUUCUGCCUGGUGAUGGGGCUCUUCUGCGGCCUCUGCGGCCGGCGGCCGGGUAACGUCUACGGUGACGACACGUGCAACAAGGGCGCCGGUGCAAACUUCCUGCUGAGAAGUGCCAGCGGCGUGCCGUGGAAGGCUGAGGGCCACGCCGUCUUCCCGGCCGACGAGCUGCUGCCGCAGCUGGCCGCCACCGGCUUCGACCUGGCCGACGUCAUCAGGUGGACACCGACGUCGAGAUCCUCACGACCGCUGGGUAAGGAGCAGCUGUACGAGCUGGCGCGCUCCGACGUCGCCCGCAUCAACUACACCGCCUUCACGCUCACGCUGGAGGACCGCAUCACGGCCGUCGAGCUGGGUCAGAUGGGUGCCGCGCUAGAGGCGGCCGCCAACCUGCUGCCGCCGGCCGAGCGCUCGGCGGCCAACCGGCUGCGCAACCAGGCCACCAUCCUGGGCGCCCAGCAACUGGUGGUCGACCAGAUGGCCGACAUUGUCGUCUCGCUGAGGAACGCCACCGUGUCGCUGCAGGAGCACGUGCGUUUCAACCGCACCAACGUGACGGAGGCCGUCCGGGAGCUGAUCGACCAGGCGGAGUCGGCGCAGCAGUACCUGCGCACGCGCGGCGGCUCAGAAGUCAUACAGCUGGCGGACGAGUACUUCACGGCGCGCGUGGAGGGCGGCUUCCGACGCCGGCUGGGCCGCUGCGGCCCGCUCAGCACGGCCUACAACGCCACGUCCGUCACCCUCUGCAGCAACGUCGUCUACCCGUUCGUGAGUGCGGCUAGCCAGCAGGGAGGCUUCGGUGUUGAAAACGGCUACUGGGCGUCCCUGGGCUGGUGCGUGCUGCUCUUCAUCCCCUGCGUGAUGGUCAGCCUCUGCCUGACUUCGCUCUACCGCAAGACGGAGCCCUACUCGGAGGCCUUCGUCGACAAUGUGCGUGAUCAGCGCGGCGCCAAACGCGGCGCGGCCGCGGCCGGCGGCGGCGAGCGGCGGCGCGGCAACAUGUACGAGAACAGCCGUUACCAUGGCUACAGCCCCGACUCGCCGCCGUACACAGCCAUUCCGCCGCGCGGCCAGCAGUUCCGGCCGCUCGGUGCCAGCGCAGACACCGAGGACACGGAGCCCAAGGCGCCGCCACUGUGGGACCUGAACGGGGGGCCGCCAGGAUACACGGACAACCCCAGCGCCGCCAGCUAUGACCGGCCGCCGCCCUACUUCUAA